AUGACAGAAUCACAUCUCUUCAAGCCUCUCCAAAUCGGCGCCAUCCAAGUCCAGUAUCACAUCAGAAUGGCUCUAUUAACACGCCGCCGCACUACUCCAGACCGCAUCCCCAUACUCCUUAUGAAAGAAUACUAUACCCAAUACAUCUCCGAGCCCGGUAUUCUUAUUAUUAUAGAGAGAAUCUUAAAAGAGAUUACCAACAUGGUAUAUAUACAGGGCAGCUUUAUCUACAUACAGCUAUUUGGAAUGGGCCGCGCGGCUGACCUGGAAGUAGCUGUAAGUAAAGUAAUUAAUAUUAUCACACUAAGCACAAUCCUGAUCCUGAUAGUUGUUGACUUCACAAAAGUAGUACAGAACACUCAUACAGCUGGCUUUGAUAGUGUUGAAAAUAUAAGUAACCAGCGCGAUAACGAGUACGGGGGCAGUAUUAGGAAUCAGUCUCGGUUACUGUAUAAGUUUACAGACAUUAUUAACCGGGCUGGCGGGUCGGAACUGGCGUAUCUUUCACUUGUUGAGACGCGGAUAUACAGCGCGUGGGUCUAUAACAGCAAUAUGGAUGAGAGUCACGAGACGUUGAACUUUACAAUCAAGCACUGUGAUGAGCCAAUUCUGAUUGCGGGAGGCUAUGGACUAGACAAGACACAGAAGCUGAUAGAUAAGCAAUACCCAAACAGGGAUAUCGUGGUGCUGUUCGGACGGCAUUUCAUAUAAAAUUCGGAUCUGGUGUAUCGGCUUAAGAAAGGGGUCGAGUUGUCUAAGUACCAGCGUGAGACGUUUAUCAGAUCAGCUUGGCGUUGGAAUACGUGGAUUAUCCAUUCAGCAGGGAGUACUCAGCGAUUGUAGGUGCCUAAGGGUCUCGAUCAAAUUGAGAAGAAUUUUGUAUCCCAGUUGUGUUCUGCUGAAUAAGACUGCGUUGAUUUGACAAGAAGUUUGCGACCAUAACAGAGAAACAGC